GCAAGUGUCUGUCAAGGCACAUGUAAAAAAGUGAGAAAAUCCCUUUGUACAUAGAAAUUGUGAGUGGUAUAGCGGGUGGAAAAAAAACCCUUUGGAACGAGAUUGAGGUUAGGGUGAAGGCAAUUCGCAAAAAGACCCCCAGUAUCGGCUCUCUCUGUGGCGCACAUCUCAGGGCAACAUGGCAUCACCACUGAAUCAGGAUACUGUACUCCAGGGAAGAGAUUUAUCAUUGAUUUUUCGUCUGUGGGAGGAGAGGCACGCCACUCCGGGCUUCGAUCCAUCUCCCAUUCUCACAAGACUAGCUGAGUUGAUUGAAGAGGAAACAGAGAUUUACAUGCAGAAAGAUCCUGAUCCUUUCGAUGAACGUCAUCCGUCACGGACAGAUCCAGAUUGUGAACUUGGGCGAAUGCUAAAAUUGCUCUUUCGCAAAGACAAUUUUAUGACAAGGCUGAUGAAUGAUUACUUCCGAGACAACUUCUUCACACGUCAGAGCAUUUCUAAGAGUUCAAUGGAGCUCAAUGUUGCGGCAUGUCGGUUGAUUCUGGUGAUAAUGCCGGGUUUGGAGACAUCAGUGGUGUUUCAACGUGAGCAUGAUUAUCUUAUUCAUCGCCUGUACUCUUGGGCUGAGAACAGUAUUGAACCCCUGCAGAGCUAUGCCACGGGCCUUCUGGCAGCUUCGAUGGAGGUUCAGGAGACUGCCACGGGAUUUCGUGAUCAGAAUACACAAUUGCUGCCCAUAAUGCUGAAGCGUCUGCACACACUCCAAGCGGCCAAGGUGGUUUAUCAAUAUCCCAAAGUCACAGCCACUGAGAACACAUCAUCGGCAACUAAUCUGGAAAUUCAUGAUGAUACAGCAAUGGACACCGAUGGACCAUCAGAUGAACAUCUCGGUGGUGGUUCUGCCCCAACGAGUCCAGAAGCUGGAAAAUCCACCACAAGUCCCAAAAUACCAAAUGGAAGUAUCUCCAAAUUUCGCAAUUCCAUCAAUCUCAACACUCUUCUGCAGAAUGAAUUGAGCACUAGCAAUACAGAAAAUAAAUUUCAUGUUCGCAACACAAUUCCAAUUCAUCCACCUACAACGGCAACCAGUCAAAUGCUAAUCCUGCGCUAUUUAGCCUCAAUGGGGGAGUACCAGGAGUUUCUGGGGCAAGUAUUUGAGAAUAAUGCCAUGGCAUUGAUUUUCAAGUACAUUGAGAAGUUAGAUCCCAAAGAGACCUGCAUGGCAUUCGAGGCACUCAAAUAUCUGGCUUCUCUGCUCUGUCACAAGAAGUUUUCCAUUGAAUUUGUGGCCAAUGGUGGUCUCCAGAGACUUCUACAGGUACCCCGGCCUAGUAUUGCUGCCACAGGAGUCUCAAUAGCCCUCUACUAUUUGGCUUACUGUGAAGAUGCCAUGGAGAGAAUUUGUCUGAUGCCACCAAAAUUGAUUUCUGAGCUAGUGACAUACGCUCUGUGGCUUUUGGGAUGUUCUCAUGAUUCUGGACGGUGUCAUGCAACAAUGUUCUUCGGUUUGUCCUUCCAGUUCAAGGUGAUUCUGGAUGAAUUUGACAGUCAAGAUGGCUUGAGGAAGCUCUACAAUGUCAUCUCAGUGCUCCCCAUAUUGUCCAGUAAUGACGACGUCAAUCUCAAUGACGAUGAGGAGUGUGCAGCUCGUCAGCUAGUGCGACAUGUGUGUGUGUCUCUCAAGAAGUACAUGGAGAGUCACCUGUACUUCAAGUAUGCCCAAGUGACGCGGCAGCAGUCGCCAUCCAACACCUAUGGCAUGCAACCACAGUUCAGGGCUCCGAAGUGCAAUCCUGAGGUCAUCAGUGAUCAAGUGAGAAUGCUGCAGGAGAUGUUGCCAGUGAGAGCGCACUGGGCACCAGUAGAUAAACUUCUGGAUUAUGGAGGUAUCACCAUUUUAAUAAGGAUUAUUGCUCUUACAUACGACUGGAACUACAGCGGCCGGGCCGAAACUGUUCGAUCAGCUUUCGAUGCACUAUCGAUCUGUUGUGUGAUGCCUAAGGUUCAUCAGGUAUUUUGUGAGCGGCUCGAGUUGCCGGAUGGUGCAUCAACAACGGGAAUGAAUGUGACCUUGGGAGGAGCUGAAGGUGAAAUUGUAGCUGAUGCUGAAGUACAAAAGUCCGCUCUUGCAGUUUUGGUUCAUUGUGUCUGUGCUCCGAUCCAUAGGGUAAGUCUUUCAACUGUUUUGGGGUUUUUUUUUAGAAUGUUUUUGAGAAAUUGUGAUAUUUUACAGCCAAGUGGAAUUGUCAUAAGAUUUGGUUCAGCAAAGAAAAAGUCAUCGGUAAAUAAGAUUUCUGAGGAGAUUAUUCAGGCGAUAUGGGAAUGUGUUAGAAGUACCAAUGGGAUAAUUGUUUUGCUAUCGCUGAUGCAGAUUAAAGCACCAAUCACAGAUGCUGAUUGUAUACGUGGGAUGGCUUGUAGGGCUCUGGCGGGAUUAGCAAGAUCGGAUACUGUGAAACAGAUAAUUAGUAAAUUGCCAUUGUUUACAAAUGGUCAACUGCAGAGUCUCAUGCGAGAUCCAAUUCUGCAGGAGAAGCGAACAGAACAUGUGCAAUUUCAGAAGUAUGCAUUGGAAUUGAUGGAACGCGUUUCGGGGAAGACAAAGACAAGUAAUAGUCAAUUUGAUGCAUCCUUGGCCAAUAUUCACAAGGCAAAUGUUGUAGCACAGACAAAAAUUCAAUUUAAUGAGAAUCAGCUGUAUCAGUUGAUUCAUCAGCAUUUGCUGUCACGUGGACUUUCGGAGGCUGCUUCAACACUGCAGAGAGAAGCUGGAUUGCUGACGGUUAACAAUCAACAGCAGCAGCGAUCAAUGCUACAUCUAUCUCCGUAUAGUUUUCGAUCGCCGACUUCUGUGCAUGUAUCCAGAAGUCGCCUAAGAACCAAUAAAUUCAAUGAAUCCAGUGGAAAUUCAUCUGCUUUGCUGAGCAGUGGAUCAUUCAGCAAUGCUGAAUCACUUCAAGGUUCAGUACAGAAUCCAGUUAAUGGGAAGAUGGAUGUCGAGGAGUCUUUUGUCAGUGCAAGUACACCAAUAAAAUUGAUCAAGAAAACAGCUCCAGUUAGUAAUCCAACAAAUCAACCCAAUACCAAGGAAUCACAAAAUAGCAGCCAGAGAUCACUGCAGAAGCAGAUAAGUUCGUCGGAUUCAUUCAGUGUUUCGACAAAUCAACGUGAAAUGACCAGCUAUCAGCCAUCAAGUAGCAUAACACUGGAAACAAUAAUAACGGAAUAUCUGACCAAUCAACAUGCUCUUUGCAAGAAUCCCAUGUCAACAUGUCCACAAUUUGAUCUGUUUGUACCGCACAAAUGUCCAGAUCCCCGUCCCAAUAAAAUUUCCGGAAUGUGCCUCAAUUUUGCCGAUCGAUUCUUCAGACGUCAUGCUGGAUUCAAUUCAAGGCGCUUAGAUCGACGUUUGGUACAUUCAAAUUUUUGCUCAACCCGAACUAUACGGUCCCAGGAGCCGGAUCUCUUUUUCACAUGCUGUGACUUCUUUCCAUGUUCCUCAAAUGUCGUCGUGGGAUGUUUCAAUGGGGAAGUUAAAGUUUACAAUAUCAAUGACAAUACUGAAGAAUUCUCCUAUGCCUGUCAUGAUUCCAAUGUCAGCAGUCUCAAACUCAGUCGCGAUGGAAAGUUCCUACUGACGUCGUCUCAGUGGCAAUCACCUCCGUUCAAUUCUACAGUGUGGAGAGUGGAAAAUCGUCAGUUUGAAUUUCUCUGGUCGGCUCUUGAUGAGGAUUACUGUGAAUUUAGCAAUGUGACUCAGGACAAAGUACUCUGCACGAAGGGUGAAGUUGCGACAAUUUAUGAUCUUCAUACAGGUGGCAAUUCACAGACAUUUGAGCCCAAAGUCUCCAAUCAUUACACGAGGAAUCGAGCCACUUUCUGUCCAACUGAUGAACUCAUCCUGUCAGAUGGGGUUCUGUGGGAUGUCAGGAGUCAAGUUCAAAUUCACAAAUUUGACAAACUCAAUCAAACCCUCUCCGGAGUCUUUCAUCCCAAUGGCUUGGAAGUGGUGUCGAAUACAGAAGUAUGGGAUCUGAGAACGUUUCAUCUGUUGCGAACUGUGCCAAUACUUGAUCAGUGCCAGACAAUUUUUUCACCGCAGAAUGUCAUCUAUGCCAUUAGUGUUGAGCAGGAUACAAACCUGGAAGAUAAUUAUGGCUUCGAGUCGAGCUUUAAGACAUUGGACAGUUACGACUACACAAGCAUUGCCACAGUGGAUGUGAAACGGAAUAUUCAUGAUCUUGUGGUGAACAAGUACGGCAGCACGAUUGCUGUUGUGGAGAACAAUGGGGAUUACGACUCUGUGGAGCAAUCCGUGAUUCGACUGUACAAUGUGGGUCGCAAGAAGAAUGUAGAGGACGAAGUUGAGGAUGAAGAUGAUGAAUCUGAAGGCUCUGAGGAUGGCACAAUAUCUGAUACUGAAUCUGUUGAAGCUCUCCUGCGGGACAAUGAUAGAGAUAUGGGCGGUGAAAAUGAUAACGCUGAGGGAGGUAAUAAUGAGGGUGGUGGUGAUCGACGUCAGGGCAAUCGAAGAAGACGACGGCGUCAGGGAGCAAGGAGGAAUUUUAUGAGGGUACUUGGUCUUUCGCCACGCAGUACAUCCAGCAGUGAUGAUUCUGGGAGUGAAUUGUCUCUCAUGUCUGACUCCAACAAUGAUGAGCAACAGGAUGAGCAAGAGCAGGAAAAUCAGGCUGAAGCGGAGGAUUUAUUUAUUCCGGAGCAGGAUGAUGAUUCGUGGACAAGUGUAUCGGAUUAAGAGAAAUUCUUCGUCAAGACCUCAUUGAUUUCGGAUUAAUAAUUUUGAUUUCAUCAAAAGGACUUUUUAGCUGCUUUUUUUGUACAUAAUACCCCCCAACAAUGAUUUUUUUAUAUGAGUGGAUCAAGAAAUUAGAGAGGUCAUUUGGAGGGAAUAUUCGUGCGUGACACAUUUUCCAAGUAAUGUCGAAACAUCAAUAAAAAAUGUAAGUAAAAGAUAAUUAAAUAUUGAUAUAUUUUCAACAAAA